AUGGAGGACUCUUCACUGAAGCGCAUGAGCUCCAUUCCUCGGCUGUCCAAGCUUCCCGUGCCUAGACCAACUUCUGGAAUCCCAAAGCCCACAUCUGCUCUACCAAGACCAACUUCAGUCAUCCGUGCCUCUCCUUCUAGGGAGAGUUUGGGUGGUGGUGAGCUAAGAAACCCAAAGCUUCGACCUUCCAUGUCAAGAGACCAGCUACGAACCAGCCAACCAGAUCUUCAACAGCGAGCUCAACGGCUACGACCUACAGCCUCAAGAGACCAACUCGUUGUCCCCAGAUCAAGACAAACCUCACUCAUCAACGGACCUCCAUCCCAUAUAUCACCAGCAAAGCCUCCUUCUCAACGAAUUACUUCUGCCGCGUAUCGACCGGUGGACCGAGAAGCCGACAUUAUCGAAGAGCGAUCUACCACACCUCCAUAUGAUCCCCCAGGUGGAGCUGUUGGAAUAUCCGAGGGAACCAUCUUUCCUCGUCAAUUGACUCUCACAAGAAGACCUUCAGAGUCCUUUGCAGUAUCUCCCCUGUACGAUCCACCCGACAACAUCUUCAACCCCCAAAUAAGACCACGAACCGCUUCGACCGAUGAAGAUGAUAGAUCAGAUACACUCAGUGCGAGUUCUCGCAGGUCAAGACCUUCUCUAUCGCAGAGGACCAUGGAAACACUUGCCAAUACUUCCCCUGCCUUGAGGAAGACGUCAAAUUUCUUUGAUCCAAACAUGACAGGACCACGAUCAAGAGCGGAUAGUGGCGCCUCUCGACCUGGUUCUAGUUAUGCUUCAGAUGGAUCCCUGAGACUGAGCCGUCCAGGUUCUAGCUCCGGCCAAUCCGAUCAUGGCUUCCCGAACCUUAGAGCUUCAACAAACAGCUUUAAGGCGCCGUUGGAGCCCAUUGAUGGCACGCCUCGAAAACGGUCGGGUACUGUGAUAAGAACCACGCCCAAUUCUCGAGCCGGAGCAUCCAAGCCACCACCGUUUGCCGAUGCGAGAAGUCCAAGCCCUGGCAAGACGGCUAUGCCUACUCCAAUGUCAGGCUCCAAGUCUCUGGCUAUCCGUCCGGGAAGCGCAAAGACUCCUGCCAAGGGCAUGUUCAAGAAGCCAUCUCUUCCCGCUCUUAACAAAGCCUCUUUGCAUGCGAAUUCUACCCGACGCGGAUCUGUAAACUCGGCCUCGACCGCUUCUUGGGACGGUACGAUUCCUUCCAGCGCGACCUCGUUAGCAGGUGAAUCAGCUGAGCCUGGGUCACCUCCCUCAGCCCGCAAGUCCUCAGCUGCUCUUCGUGAGCAAAUCGCCAAGGCCAAGGCAGCCAAACGAGCGCAAAUGAAACAAGCAGCUGAGCUCGCACAAACACAAGAGGGUGAAGAGGCACCCAUAGUUCCUCACGAUACAGGGUUCGACUUUGGUGUCAACAAUAACGAUCCAUUCAAUCUGCGCCAGGGAGAAGACCCCAAGAAAAAGGUCCUUCAGAACCGGGUUAGUGCUGCGAGGACGAGCGGACGGCUUAACAUCGCUGCUCUACACUUGAAGGAAAUUCCUAUUGAGGUCCUCAAGAUGUACGACCUGGAGAGCAUUGGCACCUUUGACGGAAGCUGGGCAGAAAGCGUGGAUUUGACACGCUUGGUCGCUGCGGAUAACGAGCUUGAGGAAUUGGACGACUUUGUCUUUCCCGACAGCGAGCCCUCGUCUUUUGACGAAGCUCAGGCUAGUCAGGGCAACAUCUUUGCCGGAUUGGAAACUCUGGAUAUGCACGGCAAUCUUCUUGUCAAUGUCCCUCUGGGUAUGCGCCGGCUGACUUGCCUGACUUCUUUAAACUUGUCUUCGAACCGUCUCACGAACAACAGUCUUGACACGAUUUCGCAAGUCACCUCUCUACGCGAUUUGAGACUCGCCAACAACCUUUUCUACGGUCCCCUGAACCCUGUACUGGCAGGUCUCAGUGAGUUGGAGAUUCUCGACAUACAUGGUAACAACAUCUCGGCACUCCCUCCCAAGAUCGAGAACAUGUCGCGUCUCCGUAUUCUGAACCUUAGCGAAAACAGCUUUGAGUCGCUGCCCUUUGACAGCCUUGCCACCCUUUCCAUCACAGAGUUGAAUGUGAGGAAGAACAAGCUAAAGGGCACUCUGAUUGAGGAGCCUAUCGGAUGUCUACCUCAGUUGCAUACUCUGGAUGCUUCCGCGAACCAGCUCGAACGAUUGGUCCCGUUGGGUGCCGCCAUUGACUUGCCGGUUCUGCACUCCCUGUCACUAUCAGUAAAUAGGCUGCAGGGACUUCCUGACAUGACAACCUGGGUUAACCUGUUGACGCUUUCUGUGGAAGAGAACAGCAUCUCAGGAAUCCCCAACAGCUUCAUGGGCCUCGAGAAGCUUCGUCACGCCGAUUUCUCAAGCAACGACAUCAGGGUGAUUCCUCCCGAGGUCUCUCGAAUGGACAACCUGACCAUGAUUCGACUCAGCGGAAACCCUCUCCGUGACAAGAAGUUUCUGUCCAUCACCACCGAAGAGCUCAAGGAUGUUCUAGCAAACCGCCUGGAGCCCCCGCCUCCCUACCAGGAGCCCGCCGGUCAAGUUGGAGUCUUGGAUGUUCUAAAGGAUGCCAAGGAUUCGGACGCAAAACCCGCAUACGAUGAGGAAGAUUACCAGUCAAACGAUAGCUUUGCUACACCUCCUACAAGCCCAAACCGAUCUCGCUCGCACACAGUAUCAAGCCGUCGUUCCAGGUCGCAUACUCUGUCCAACCAGUCUUGGCCUGUCAAGCCUGGUGGUAUCUUGGAUAGAUCCCAAACUGAGUCUUCUUCGCUUCACCCUGUCGUUUGCGCCAAGGUGGCUGCUGAAAACCGUGUUCGCCAAAUCUUCCUCCAGAAUAAUCUCUUUGCUACCCUGCCAAACUCGCUUAGCUUCUUUUCUGAGACAUUGACGGCUUUGUCUCUGUCGCACAACCAGCUGGUCGGCGAGUCAUACCUGACUGAGGAGCUAGAGCUGUUGGCCUUGAGAGAGAUCAACCUGGCAUCAAACCACAUUACCAAUCUUCGAGCGCUUACUCAGUUCCUCCACGCACCUAGCCUGGAGAAGAUUGAUGUCACGAUGAACCGUAUCAACGCUCUCCCAACAGACCUCAAAGAGGCUUUCCCCAACCUCAACGUCUUGUUGGCAAGCAACAACCACAUUGCCAAUCUUGAGCCUGAGAUGAUCAAGGGCAUCACCACAGUGGAUGUAAGCAACAACGACAUUUCGCAUCUUAACCCACGCAUUGGCCUUCUCGGAGGUCCCGGUGGACUUCAGAGAUUCGAAGUGACGGGUAACAGAUUUAGGGUUCCUCGAUGGAACGUGCUUGAGCGAGGCACUGAUGCUACACUGCGAUGGCUGCGUGGACGUGUGCCUGUUGCGGAGAUGGGUGCUUGGCAAGGAGAAGAGAAUGAGCCUGAUGUGGAUUAA